CACGUAGCGUUGCCAAACAAUGGGCAGGAAAAAAGCCACGUUGACGAGCCAGACUGAAGUCUUAGGGGUUUUGUCGUUGUGAGAAGGUUUUUCUCCAAACACGAAGGUUGUUUUUUAUUUUUAUUUUGACAUUUGUUUGUUUUGAUUGGUCAUGUCAUCGCCGCCGAAAGAGAAAAGCGAAACGAGAGCUGGACAUCCCCCUGCUGUGAAAGCAGGCGGGAUGAGGAUAGUCCAGAAACACCAAUCUGCUGACUCCACGUCGGACAGGAAGGAAGACAAGGACAGCAAAGAGUUUGAGAGCUGCAGCCCACCGAAGAUGCCAGUCAUCGUGUCUGGAGUGGUGACUAAGGGCGAUAAGGACUUCACCCCGGCCGCGGCUCAGGUGGCUCACACGAAGCCCGUACCCUCAGUGCAGAAGCUGCCGCCGUCCCACCACAUCAACCAGCACAUCCACCAGCCCCGCAAGUGAACCUCUGCCUUCUCCCAGUCAACAAGGACCACACCACGAUUCCCAGCCAAAUUCUCAGUCGAUUCCCAUUUGAUUCCCAGCCAGGCUCUAACUGAUUCCUGACUACAUUUUGUCAGUUCUCUUCUGAUUCCCAAAGAAUUUUACACUAGUUCCCAAAUAAUUCCCAUCCCACUCUCAUCCAAUUCCCAAACUGACUCCCAACUGAUUCUCAUCAGUUCCCAGAUGUUCUCAGUUCGUGACUGAUCUCCAGCCAGUUCCCAACUGAUUUCCAUCUGAUUUCCAACCAAAUUCCAGCGAGGUCCCAAAUGACUAUCUGUCAAUUCCCAAACAAAUCCUGUUUCCCAACCAGUUACCAACAAAUUUCCCCCAGUUCCCAACUAUCUCCCAAAUGAUCACUGACCAGUUCCCAGCCCCAGUCCCAAUCAGUUCCAAACCAAUUCCAAAUCAGUGCUCAGGUUCGUCACAGAAUUCCCAGCAUUCCUCACGGCCUCUUUAUCUGCACCUGCUGGUGUUCUGCCUUGACCAACAUCCUGAGAAUCCUCUCUCUCUCUCUCACUCACUCACUCACACACUCACUCACUCAGACAACCCUGCCCAGUUCUGUUCUCUCUCUCUCUCUCUCUCUCUCUCUCUCACACACACAACCCUGCCCAGUUCUGCUCUCUCGUUCUCUGUAAAUCUCCUACACUAACCCCAGAGCUCCGUCACCAAGCACGGGUCUGGGUUAACUCAAUCGCUGUACUGAAUGAAAGGUGAAUUAAGGUUUUUUCAGUGUUUCUGUUUUAGACCAAUGAUUCCUGGAAUGAUGUAAAGUGUAAAUCAGUUUUUGUAAGUGGAUGAUGAUGAUGUUAGAAACUAGGUGUGGCUGUCUGAAUAAAGAAUUAAUAUAAAAACA